CACUCCCUCCCCUCCCCUCCCCUUCUCCUUCCCCACUGCUUCAUCGAGUUUGGGGCAGUUCGCGGAUUUCCCUCGAGGAACAGGAGAAAUUUUUGCUCUAGGGUUUGGAUGCGAGGAUGGGUCCGGAGGAGGCCGUGAAGGAGCAGAAGAAGAGGAGGGAGAUGGAGGAUGCUCACGAAGUCGGGAGGUGCCCAAGCUGCGGCUAUGGCGCGGCGGGACUGAAGAUGGUGGUGUCGGCAAGACGCCGGCGAGGCGCAACGCAAGGAGAUUGCGUUCUUGUAUUGAUGCGUGCUUUAGCUGUCGUUGGGAUGUUAAUAUGGUUAAUUGAUGGUAUGGCAAAGAUGUACAUUAAUCUUGGACCCGAGCGGCGAUGGAUCUUCUACUCGGUGGUGGUAGAGGGCAUAGUUGUCAUGGUUGGAGGCGGAAUGUUUCUGUUUUGGAGUUCUGGUUGAGAAAAUUAACAUGUAGAAGUUGUAAGAUUCCUAGGUUCCAAGUAGGCCCUUAGCUGUCGCAAUGUAUGUAUUUUGCUAGUUGGACAGAUGUAACGUUGAUAAUACGUUAUUAUAUGUUUCAACUUUCGACUUAUGGUGUUUACAUGCGGAGAGAGUGUUGUCCUCCAGCUCCAUAGGAUUGUGUUCCUAUAGGAAUACAAAUUAAACAAGCAUUUUUCCUCAUAUUUAAAUUGGUUGCAUCGCCUUGCGAGCGCAUGAAAUUUUGACUCGCCUUUUUGCUGUGUUUCUUUGUGUUUGGAGGAAUUGAAUUUUUCUGUUUUCUGUCCGAUCCCGGAUCUACCUCUGCAUUGCGCGGCCCACCCAAUAAAGAUAGCCUGCUGGACCCGGCCCAGGUAGCUCUAGCCCGGUAGUAUAAUCGAAGUGGGUACCGGAAACGGGGACCCAAACAGAUCAGAAGCCGACAACUUUAGGGCUCACACAUAGAUCGAAGACGGGAGCCUCGCAUCACCCAAACAGAUCAGAAGCCGACAACUUUAGGGCUCAAACAUAGAUCGAAGACGGAAGCCUCGCAUCGGUUUCGUUUGAUCGAGAGGAAGAGGAGGAGGAUCCAUCAUCCAUGGGAGCUGCAGCUUCGAGCCAUGAUCGGCAGAGGGGGACGGAUGCUGGUGCACGCUACAGAUCAUUUGAGGAGAUGGUCAACGAAACCUUCAUGGUGUCAGGAACUGCGGUGGGUAGCCAUGGUGAAGUAGUUGGUAUUCCGGUAGAAGCAAACCAGGGAGCUCAGGACGAUGCAGCCCGUGGUUCCUUUGACUACAUCUGGAGAAUCGAAGGCCUGCCAUCAAGCCAGGAGGAGGGCAACUUUCGCUCUCAGUUUGAGGCAAAGGGCCUGGAAUGGGAAAUAUCGCUAUUGCUGGCUUCCGAUUCUCGUGAUCAAAGAAGCGUCAGCGUAAGACUGUACCUAAGAGGUGAUGCUCCUUGUGGUUGGGAAGAUAAUGCUGCAAAGCUCAGGCUCACAUACGCAAUCACUCUCUUCAAUCAAAACAGCUGCCGUCAGGACUGGCAACGAUCUGCAAUAAACACUUUCGCCGACCACCGUGACGGCAAGUGGAGCAUCAAGGAGUUCAUCGCUUCCGACGCCUUCAUGGACCCUUCCAACGGUUUCGUUGUCGAUGGCAGCUGCACACUAGGGGUUACACUGCUGAGAGUUCAUCUCCUGCGAGUGAAGAAAGAGUCGCUCCUGGUGCACCAUAGGCCUGUGAACCAUGAACAUACAUGGCUCGUCAGGAACUUCAUUACCAUGGAGCAUCAGUGCAUGCGUCGCGAAGAGUUUGAAGCUGCUGGAUGCCGCUGGUCCAUCUACCUGCACAGAAUUAGAGUUGAGCAUUACUCUCACGAUGACGUGGUUCUCUUUUUGAGCCUCGACUCGACGACAGCACAGAAGAAGUCGAUCACUGCGAGCUACCAGUUCCAGGUCAGAGGUUUAGCCAGCGGCUAUGAGUUUCGCAAUGCAUAUACAAAUGUGUUCGUGCCAGGACAAUGCCAUGGCGGCGAAUUGAGCAUCCCCUCUGACGGCUACGGCAAAUAUGGCUGGUCCUUUGAGGAAGAUACGUGGAGGGUGAGAAUGCGUCUGACUGUUAUUGGGUAUGUUGAAGCCAAGGGCAACGAUGUGAGGGCUUUGCAACUAGAGGACCCUUGAUCAUUUCACUAUUUACCCUAUAAAUUGUGGCGCUUGUUUUCUCUCUUUACCCCCUCCCCCCUCC